UACUGAACGAACCAAACGGAUAUUUUCUCUUUACACGUGAAAGGGAACGUUGACACGUUGACGUUCACGUCCACAGCACAUUCCACCAGCGCUUCUCAAAAUUUCUCUUAGACGCCAUAGUCCUUUCAGUCACAUCUUCUUAGGCGACACCUCUUGGGCUUUAUUUUGGAUAAACAUCGUGCUUGGCAUUUGGCGUACUAAGAAAGAAAUUUGGAACAUCCUGUAUACAACUGAUAUCGAUCUUCUCCUAAGAAGUUCUACGGAGGACGUAGCGCCGGGGGGUCUGGGGGGUUCGGAAAACUCUCCAGCAUACGAGAGUUCUAUGUCAUUUCUAGAAUUAUAGUACUUGGGGUUAUAGGAAAACGAAUAGAUUAUUGAGAUUUCCUUUGUUGUAAGUAUUGCCGGAGGGUAUUCCGUACCCCCCCAGACCCCCCGGGGCACGUUUUCCACUAGAAAGGGUCUCGACCUUCAGGCCUCUAAUAAUAAUUAAUGGAAAUAUCAACAAAUCAUUUUACAGAGAACGUAGCACCGAGGGGUCUGGGGGGUAGAGUUCCAAUGUCAUUUCCAGAAAACUCCCAGUACUAGUUGUAGGAAAAUGAGUUCUCCUUUUUUUAAAUACUGCUGUACUCAACCCAAUAAUAAUAUAACUGUAAACGUCAAUUUUAAACAUCGACUUAAAUUAAUGGCGGUAACGUCUCGUGCGCCAUCUAUGUUUUCGCAAUCAAUUCUUAGGUUACAGUUGAAUGCGACCCACGUUCCAUUAGUAAACAAAAGAAAUCUAACCUCACUUUUAAUACCGGUAGUUUACCUUUAACAAAGAGCAUGGAAAUCGAAUCCAAGCACUCAAUCGCCGAUUCAGUUUGCAAAUAUUGCGACGAAUUAAUCUCGACGAACGAUCCGGACGUCCUUCAGUGCCAGCAGUGCUGGGAGAACGUCCACACGAAGUGCCUGAAGAGAGGCGCCGUGCCCGGCGGACUUGUCGGCGACGUUUUCUUCCAGUACACCUGCCUCACGUGCUCGCCGUCGCAGUCCGAGCAGUUCGUCCGCGAGAAGAUGCCCUGGCUGCAGGCGAUCCUUCUCGUUCUAUACCACAUGCAGACGCGCAGCCCCGGCCUGGCCCGCAAGGGCUACUUCCACUGGAAGAUUCACAUAGCGUCGUUCAUCGAUCACAGCUGGGACAUUUUAUUUCGCAAAGACUUCAAACGCAAAAAGAAAUGGAUGGGAACGAUUUCGGGAACGUUGUCGCACUACAGCCCGCACUUUUUCAAAUCGGGCACGACGCUCUUUAACGAGCAAGGCUGGUGGACGCUGACGUAUCCGAGGCUCACGCCCGCCCAGAUUGUCCAACUGAACGUCGAGCUGAUGGCCGAGAAGCAGAAGUUGCGCGACUCGAAACUGGCGAUCGACGACGGACAACUGUUACGAGGGAUAUUGCUGACGAAACCGUACGUGACCGAGGAAAUGCUUCAAAUUACCAGCCGAGAGGAGACCGUCGAAUCGGACGAGACACCUCAAUUGUCGAAGGUGCAGAAGAAGAAACGGCUACUGUUGCCGACCGUCGCGAGCUUAGGUCUGCCCAAGGUGAAAAAGUCGAGGACUGUCGACGCGGCUACGAAACCCGAGGUCACCGCGAAACCUCCGAUGUAUCUGGAUCCGUUGUGUCAUUACAAUACAUCGCUUGAUGAGCACAGUCGAGUUGCUGCACUUAGCAUGACCGCACGACUGAUGGGAGGUGUACGAAAGGAGCUGAUAUUAUCGCCGUACACCUCCAUUUAUUUACCCCCGUACAUUCGGCGCGACGUACGCAUCAGACCGAUCUGGUUGCACUUAAUGGACGAGCUGAAGGCGAAGGUCACUCCUGACGUGAGCUUACCGAAGCGUGCCCCCUUGGACUUUAUGUACGUGCAACCGGAGCACAUUCCCGCCGUCAACAGCUUGUGCAAUCAAUUCUUCUGGACCGGCAUCGACCUGUCCGACACACUGAGGUACCCCGAUUUUAGUUGCGUCGUGCUGUACAGGAAGCUGAUAGUCGCGUUUGCGUUCGUCGUGCCCGACGUUAACGUGAACGAGUGCUACGUCUCGUUCGUCUUCACGAGACCGGGCUGGCGAAAGUGCGGAAUCGCCCGCUUCAUGCUCUACCAUUUGAUACAGACCUGUCUCGGCCGCGAUAUGACGCUGCACGUGUCGAUCAGCAACUCCGCCCUGUUUCUCUACCAGAAGUUCGGGUUUAAGGUCGAGUACGUCGUGCUCGACUUUUACAACAGAUACAUGCGGGACGAUACGUGCGAGUCGAAACAUGCGUUUUUUUGUCGUUUGGAACGAUGAGAAUGUUCGAAAUAAAGAUACUCAAACCUUAAAAUGCUGAGAAUCUUUGAAACUGGCAAGUCCACUUGAAAUUUCAGAUUAAAGGGAGUAGGGAUUUCACCCAAAAUAAUAAAUGUUGAAAAUGUAUGAUACGCCACUGGAAUUAUGGAAAUCAGUCAUACCAAUUUCAGUAAGUUUGUUUUACGGGAAUGGCACCCUGUUUUUUGAAUGUAAAAUAACUACUAAUUUGAAAAAUCAAUAUCGGUAGUUCUAAUGUCCAAAGUGCUUACGCACAAUAAGACCGUUUAUAAUGAAACCGCUGAUGAAAUAAUUAUGAUUAUCGAUCGACUAGGUAGAAAUAAUCAACAAAAACUAAUUGCG